AUGGCCACACACGCUAACCAGUUGACGCGCCAACACGUGGACGCGCUGCUAGCGAUUGAAGAUCUCGAUGCGGCAGCUGAUUGGCCUCGCCACAAUAGCGCCGAAGUAGUGCCACGAAACCUCGAUGCGAAAUUCCUCUUCGAGCCUUCCUCAUACCAUUAUGCAGAAGUUCCAACAGGCCGGAGUCUAGCAGUUGAACCUGCUGAAACAACGCAACUGACGUCACUGCUCUGGAAGGAAUGGAACAAGGAUCUGCUCGAACUCCACCACCACUGCGUUCACUCCUACCUGCUCCUGCUGGCGGAACCCGCAGAGAACCAGUGGAAAGACAAAAGCCUACACGGGUCAGCGCUUGUGAGGCUUGUCGAGUUCUGCGACGGAUUAAAGCCUAAGUGCACUGCAUGCGUAGCGCGAGAUACCGAGUGUCGUCAUGGCGAGACGGAGUCGCGUCAGUUCAAGCGUAGAUAUCAGCAGCUCAAAGAGAAACGUACUGCCCAAGAGGAAUUGUUCGAUAUGGUACAAAAUCUGCCCGAGAAAGAUGCAGCCGAUGUAUUUCGCCGCAUCCGAGCAGGAGCAAAUGCAGAAGCUGUGGUAAAGCAUAUUCAAGAGGGAAGCUUGGUCAUGGAGCAUUCUAAUGUUACGCAAGUGUUGUCGCGCUUUCACUUCCCGUUCAUGGACAAGAUACCGACAGGCCUUCGAGAGAGCACUUAUUUCCAGUCGCUUGUAUAUGAGGCAAUCGAAGCGGCCGAGUACGACACAAAUACUUCGCAAGCUCGCCUGACUCUGCAAAAGAGCAAUUACGCAAGGCCCUUGCUUACGGCCAGGAUGUUUGACAGUUUACUCGAGGAUGCACAACCUUCGAAUUGGACUAGUGUCAGUUCUAACGAUCGAUUGCUACAGAAUGUCCUUGAUAGCUACUUUAUCCAUCAGUAUCCAAGGCAGUUCUUCUUCUUCAAGGACUAUUUUCUGGAGGACAUGUUGACGAGAAGAACCGAGUUUUGCUCCCCCCUACUCGUCAAUGCUCUUUUGGCCAAAGCUUGUGCUAGCUACCGACUAUUUGCCAAUCGUAUCAAGUUCUGGAAUCCAGACAGUCUGCCAUAUCGAUUCUUGGCCGAAGCCAAACGACUGUGGGAAUUGGAGGAUGGUGAGCCAAAACUUACCACAAUUCAAGCUGGCUGUCUCAUCAAUGCUACAAUGAAUGACUUUGGUCACGAUAGACCUGGGUUCUCUUAUACACUCGAAGCUCUCAGCAUGGCACAUAAGAUGAGUCUUUUUGCAAUCCGGUCGGAUGGCAGCAGACUCGAGCACGCCAAAUCUUUCACGGCGUGGGGAUUAUCUUCAUGGCUAUCAUUACAGAGUUACUACUACUUCAACCCGCCGUGUCUUCUGGAUAUCCCGGCAGGUCCGCUUCCGGACGCCGGUGACGAGUCAGAGUGGUAUGGUAAUAUAGUGCUGCGUUUUCCACCGGACGAGUAUCCUUAUUCGAAUGAUUUCGGCCACGGCAUGAAAGCUCUGAGCGAGUUGCGACUCAUCCAAAAUGAGAUUGGUAUGAUGUGUUUUAGUAGAUCCAAAGAGUUGAAGAAAAUGCCAUGGAUUGCAGCUUUGCAUAUCCAAGCGAAAUUGGAAACCUGGUAUAGGGAAUUGCCUUCUCAACUCCAGCCUCGCUGGAUUGUAUACCCUUCCCAUAUGUUACUGCAUUGCGAGUACUACGCUGUUUUAAUAACUCUGUUCAGAUCUCAGAUAUCCUCUGAAGAUGAUGGUACACAGUCAUUGACGCAGAGCCAACACAACACAGCACGGCACAUUGUUACACAAGCGAGCGUUCAAUUAGAAAGCAUCUUACGCAUAUACUAUCUCCGCCAUAGCUUCGAAUGCUACGACUCCACGCUCACGAUCUUCUUGGCUCACCUUGCCAACCUCACCCUAGAACCCCUACAACAACUCGAGCAAAACCCAGCCAGCGAACGGAGCGAAACAAGCGAUUCACUUCUCUCUACACUCAUUUUAUGUUUCAACGGUCUGUACGAACAGUCCAAGAGUGCCUACAUCGCUAGUAUCAUGCUUGCCGUCAUGAAGAAACGACUGAGUGCCGAUAUUCGGAAUGCUGUCGGACGUUACGUUGCUAUAGAAGAGCCGGACAAUGAUACCGAUUCAACAGACGAGACCAAUCCAGAAUACUCGCAGCCAAUCCUCACAGAACUUGUACUCCCGGGAGCUAGCCUUCGCGACGAUCCAAAGAUGUGGAGACUGAAGCAUUUGAUGGGCGACCAUAGAAGGAGUUUAGGAUAG